GGUCGCUAUUUAAACCGACCACAGCUGAGACUGUCCUUAGAAUCCAGAGACACGUGAAGCAAGUGACUAAAAUACUAAGAGGUGGUGCAAGAGUUAAGCUGCCGCAACGCCUGUUACUGAUCACAAUAAUGGAGAGCGCGGGGAACCGGACUGCGCCGCAUGCGCUCUCCCUCCACAAAAUCACGAGCUCGUCUCAGUCGGGCGGUAGUGAUGGUAACGCCUAUCUGUACAUCCUUAUUGUCAUGUCUUUCUACGGAGUCUUCCUAAUCGGGAUCAUGCUCGGGUAUUUGCGCACCAAGAGGCGCGAGAAGAGGAGGACGAACUUGUUCAGGCGUCUGCUGCACGAGGAGGAGCAGCGGGAGUGGGGCGCGGGGCAGAAGAAAUACAGCCUGCCCAUGCCUGCGUUCCCCGCACCGCUGCCCAUAACGCUGGGCACAGGGAGGCACAUGGGCAGCCCACUGGAGGCUCGUGUUCUUACGCCCCUCGCCUGCGCACUAUGCUCAGUUGAGCAGAGCAGCGUGAGUUCUCUCUGCUCGUCCGCUGACGUGCGCUUUACUAUCGAGGAGGAGUCGGACAGCGGCAACGGGGAGGGGGCACACGAGAAGCCGUCCAAAGGAAGCUCUGAGAACAGCGAUGGAUCCGCAAAAAACAUAAAAGCGGUUCCCUGAGCUCCGCGCAUCCAUUUGCCCAUUAUUCAUCUGACUGAAGACUAAAGGCUAACCAAAAGUGCCUUAGCGCCAAUAAAGAACUGCUGAAGGCGAUGCGUUUGGUUACUGACCACGUUUGGGCUAAACGGGCAGCUAACUGGCCUCGCCGUGACCUGGAACGAACUUGAAAGCAUAAACACUUUCUUAGAAAUUGACUAUUUCGUAUGUCACAACGCAGUAGUCCAUUCCGGGCAAAACUUUUUUUUUUUUAGAAAUGUGUGCUCAUUGAUGCUUUGUACAAAAUAUUCUGUGUAUAUUGGUUUACACUAACUGUCUUUAUUUAAAAUUCACCUUGUGUUGUUGUUGCCUUAGGGGAAAAAAACGAAAUAAAUUUUUUGAGUUCA